AUGAAGCCUCCAGUUGAUCUCAUAAUUCCUCAGCUUUGUGCGGGGUUGAGCCGGCCAGAAUAUCGAGCAGCAAUAUCAUUGACAGCAGAUGCAUUACUGACUUCCACCGAAAAUCACCGAACAGGUGCCGUGAACGACGGUGUCCUCAACCCACAGGAUAUUUGCUUUGGGUUGUCAGACAUAUACGUUCAACUCGACCAUCUCAUCCACUCUAUGUGCCGGGCGAAUAAGGCCACUGGUUCUGACGAAGUGAUGUCCCUAUUGAUCGCCAUGCAGUCUGAACCUCCAUUUACAGCACAGCUUGCCGUGGAGCUCAAGGAUGUAAUCCGCAGAGGUUCCCUCGCUUCGUGA